AUGGAGUUCAUGACCGCCCUCCACUCCACCUUCGACGACCACAAACCCUCCCUCUUCGAACUCCUCUCCGAAGCCCAACUCGCUUCCCUCCUCCCCCCCUCCCUCCGUUACCUCCUCGCCGUCGCCACACACCGACACCCGCGCUACCUCCUCCGCAUCCUCAACUCCUUCGAUGAGCUCUACGCACUGCUCAUGCUCCUCGUGGAGCGCCACUACCUCCUCACACACGGCGGCUCCUUCACCGAGAACUUCUACGGCCUGAAACGCGAAAAGGCCUUAUCAGUCGGCGAGAUCCCACGCGCGAACAUCGCCGCGCCAGCACAUGUCCGCGAGGCGCUACAGCUAUCUAGGGGCGAUGUAUGGAGGAAUCUGGCGGUCAUGGUGGGAGUGCCGUAUUUGAAGCGGAAGCUGGAUGAGAGUUACGAUAUCAAUGCGCCACGGGCGCUGCUGGGUGCGAGUUAUACGCGGAUGCCCGCCAAUCCGACGAUGAAGCAGAGGUUCAUGCAUUAUUAUCGCUGGUUUCUGAGACAUGUGUACCCAAGUGUUAAUGCGGCGUAUUACUUCUCGAUGCUGGCGUUUAAUAUUGCGUAUUUGUUUGAUAACAGCAAGCACCACUCGCCGUUCAUGUGGUUGAUUGGGACGAGGAUGAGGAGGUUAGGUGAGGCGGAUUAUAGAGCUAUUGCGGCCCUCAGUGAGCCGAAGAAGGGCAGUGGUGCUGGGCCAGCGGGAGGAAAUCUAGGGGUGAAUAGUAUCUUCAGUCCGAGGGUUCUGGGGGAUCGGGCAUUGGAUAGCCUGAAGUUCUUACUGCCAACCAGUAUUUUUGCCUUGAAGUUUUUGGAGUGGUGGCAUGCCUCGGAUUUUGCGAGGCAGCUCUCAAAGAAGGCAACGGAAGGCAUCGAGGUACCGCCGCCAGUUGUGUCUGGGUUAUCGACGUUGUCAGUGAGGUUUGGUCCAGGAGCUAAGAAAGAGAGUGAAUCUACGGAUUUGAAAGAGAAUUCUGGAAAGGAGGGAGAAGAAUUAGAAAAGGAACCUUCGAAAGAAGACCAGGAACCUGAGAAGCCGCCUAUAGCAGCAUCAUCCUUACUACCCAUCUACACAAUUCCUCCACCCCAGGACUCAGAGCUAUGUCCAAUCUGCCAGCAGGAAAUCACGACAGCUACAGCUUGUCAAACCGGUUUUGUAUUUUGCUAUACUUGUAUACAUAGAUGGCUAGAGGGAAAUCAUGAGAAACAAGAGGAAUUCAUGAAAGGGAGGGAGGGCCAGUGGGAGGAUGGUAAGGGCAGGUGCGCCGUCACUGGGAGGAGGGUACUUGGUGGGACAGAGGGGCUGAGGAGGGUCAUGAUAUGA